UUCUCCUCAGUCCUCUCUUUCAUUGCUUCACUCUACGGACUUCCAUUUCCAUAUCACUCUAUUCUCUCUUCUUUUCACCUUCUUUCUCUCUCUAGCUCGCUCUCGCUAUAGCUUCUAGUGUGAAAUUCUUGUUCACCAGAAACAUUUUUUCUUUUCUUUUCUGAAAACACCCUGCUCUCUCCGCUCUGCUUUCUGAAACAAGCUACUUUAAUUACUCAAAUGGGUGCCUCAGGAAAAUGGCUAAAAUCACUAUUCACUCUAAAGAAGCCCCACGCAACCAACCAGGAAAAGGUUGGGGAUAACACCAAGAAGAAAUGGAGGCUAUGGAGGAGCUCAUCAGAGGGCAUGAAUAGGGGCCACAUUUUUGCAUCUAAGGCGUCCGAUUCUUCCUCUGAUGCUUUCAAUUCCGCCAUUGCUACUGUAAUGAGAGCACAACCUAAAGAUUUCAUGGUGAUCAAGCAAGAAUGGGCUGCCAUUCGGAUCCAAUCCGUGUUUCGAGGCUUCUUGGCAAGACAGGCUUUGAGGGCUUUGAGAGCAGUGGUGAGGCUUCAAGCUAUAUUUCGAGGCAGGCAGGUUCGGAAGCAAGCUGCUGUUACACUGAGGUGCAUGCAGGCUCUUGUUCGGGUUCAGGCUCGAGUAAGGGCAAAUUCUGUGAGGACAUCCUCAGAAGGGCUAUUGGAUGAACACCUUAUUGAUCCCAUGAAGCAGGCUGAGCACGGAUGGUGUGAUAGUCCAGGAACCAUAGAUGAAGUCAGAGCAAAGCUACAAAUGAGGCAAGAAGGAGCUCUCAAGAGGGAGAGAGCAAUUGCCUACUCCCGCUUUCAACAGCAACCAAGAUUGUCUGCUAGUCCCAGGUCAAGAACCAGCAAGCCAGUGACUUCUCCCAAGCAUCAUAGGCAAGAUAAGAACAUCUCUGAAUGGAGCUGGUUAGACCGUUGGAUGGCAGUCAAGCCAUGGGAAAGCAGAUUGAUGACUGACCCCUCAGAACUUACUCCAUUGUCUAGGAAAAGCGAUGAAAAUGUUGUCAAUUUUCCUUCACAUUCUUUAGAUUAUGUGAAAUCCAGGAUCUCAGCUAGACCACUUUCAGUUGGUCAAAUCAGUUGCUCAUCUUCUGCCCCAAGUUCUGAAUCUCUAUAUGAUGAGAGUUGUGCAUCAACUUCAUCUACAUCCACAUCUCCAACAAUAGGAGAAAGCAAUCUCCGUACUCCCAGCUACUUGAAUCUCACAGAGUCAACUAGGGCUAAGCAAAGAGCUUGCGGGUUCUUCCCUCAUGGUUUGCAGAGGCCUUUUAUGGAGGAUUUUGUGUGCCAUAAAAAGCCAAUGGUAUUUUCUAAUGCAGAUUCGAGGAGCAUUGCUUGUUCUAAUCCUUCAGUUGAUUUGAACAAAGAUUUGUACCCACCAGCUGCAUUGGUUAGACACAACCGGGUAAUAUAUCGACAACACUAAGGGAGAUUAAAUGUCCAAGUUCCAUAAGUUCAACAAAUUGUUGCCCCUUGCGAUUUUGAAGCUGCUAAGAGUAAAUAGAGGCUCACAUCAAAGGAUUAAAGAGAAAUACCCAACAUAUUAAAGGAAAACACUGGUUGAAAACACAGAAUGUGGUUGUUCAAGGGAGAUUGAAUGGCAUUAUCUUGUGUUUAGUUCUUCAUAGACAAGGUCUGUUUGUUUGUUGUUGUAUGUAAUUGUGUGGCAUGUACAGAAUGAUGCUUUAGAUGUUUUCUUCUGGAGAAUUGGUUGUACUACUUAAAGUAAGAAUAUAGGAGUGGAUGUGUUCAAAGAAUUCAAUUAUGCCCACUUCCAUAUUUAAAUGAGGGUGCUUA